UUCUUCUGCCCCCGUGCGGCGCGGAGGACGAAAACAACCCGAAGCGCGGAGGUUUCUUUAGCAGGAGCCGAAUCAGGCAGCCGAAGGAAGAUGGCGACUAGAGUCCUUCAGAUCGGGAGAAGUGGCCUGAAUCAGGCACGGAAAACAGUCCGCUCAAGCGGACAAGUUGCUGUCACCGCCAGGUGCCUUUCAGCCUCCAAUAACAGACACCGGGAGGAUAGCUGGUUCAAGUCUCUCUUUGUUCGAAAGGUCGACCCUAGGAAGGACGCUCACUCUCAUCUGCUUGCUAAGAAGGAGGACAGCAACUUGUAUAAAAUCCAGUUUCACAAUGUUAAACCAGAAUGCCUGGACAACUACAACAAACUUUGCGAGGAUGUUCUGCCAUCAAUUCAUGCAGACCCCAAUUACCCCUGUGAACUGGUGGGCACCUGGAACACAUGGUAUGGGGAGCAGGAUCAGGCAGUUCACUUGUGGCGGUAUAGAGGAGGUUACCCAGCACUCACUGAGGUCAUGAAUAAACUUCGGACAAAUAAGGUGUUCAUGGAGUACAGGAGUGAACGGGGGAAGAUGCUUCUCUCGCGCCGGAACCAGCUGUUGCUGGAGUUCAGCUUUUGGAACGAGCCCCUCCCCAGGGAGGGACCCAACAUUUACGAGCUGCGGUCAUACAGCCUCAGGCCUGGAACGAUGAUUGAGUGGGGCAAUUACUGGGCCCGGGCUAUCAAGUACCGUCAACGAAAUAAUGAGGCGGUGGGCGGGUUCUUCUCCCAGAUUGGGAGCCUCUACAUGGUGCACCAUCUCUGGGCCUACAAAGACCUGCAAUCAAGGGAGGACACAAGGAAUGCAGCUUGGCUGCAAGAAGGUUGGGACGAGGUGGUGUACUACACAGUUCCGCUGAUUCAACACAUGGAGUCCCGGAUUAUGAUUCCUUUGAAGAUUUCGCCACUGAAGUAGUUCCAUCCAUCAGGAUCCCUCUGACCUGCAGACAGUACUAUCAAAACAGAUCGUGACCCGUGUCAGAAUCUACACUGCCAUGGUUUUAAAUUCUUUUUAAAAACCAUGAUGAUUUGUUAACAUAUAAGUAUUUCUCUUUUUAACCAACAAACUCAAUCUCACAUUUAUAAGAAAUAUAGCACAGCAGUUAAAUCAUUGUAAGCUGCUUGUGCAAAAAAGAACCUUCCAAAUGAAAAAGUCAGUUUCGGGAGUUGUUUAGGUUUGCAUUUAGAAGGUCACAACACAAAUGCUCCACCUGAUUCUGUUACUAACAUGCUGUCACAAGUCUUACCAAAUUCAAAUGGCAUGUCAGUCAGAGCAGAAAUAUCCAUCUCCUUUGCAACCCCCUUACAUUUACAUCAGCCGGGACUCCUGUUGUGAGGAGACGCUUCAGUUGAGGCCUAGUAGGCCUGUAGUAAAUCAGUGCACCGUUGCAGUCAGGACAAGAGUGUCAUUGUAGCGCUAGUAGAAGAGUAUAAUGCCUGUUAUCCUUGUUAACACGGUAGUUGUCAAGAAUACAGGCUAAGGACCAGAGCCCCUAUACACUUUUAUGUGUAUCCCAAGAGCAGUGUUGGCGAAUCUUUAUAGUUCGAUUUGUCUUGGAAUAAAUUCUCCUUAGAAUAAGAUGGAAAAUGCUGUAAGGACAGAUUAAGUUAAUAUUUAAGGGAAAGGUGAACUUAUGUAAGAUUUUGACAAAAGGAGACAUGUUUUAUGGGAAGUCCAGGGAUUUCCAUUUUUUCAAUGUACAUAUUCCAUGAAAGUCCAGAUGGGGUGCACCUGAAUCAAGCAAUCUCCCUCUUGCAUUAUUUGCUGUCGCAGGAAGAAUGUGACUGUAAACCAAUGCUUGGACAGAGAUAUGGAGGAGAUGACUGGCAGUGUCCUUUAUUUAAGAUGCUCUCCUAUUGCAAGCAAAGACAAGGCUACAUGUGGAUUUUAAAAAGUACUAUGGUCAGUGGGUCUGUCCUUUCAGCAGCCAAAAAACACCUUUUCUCCAGAAAAAUUACCUCUUAUAGAAUAAAUGUUCUUAUGGGCCUCCUGGUUAUGACUUGCUUUUUUUUUUUUUUUUUUUUUUUUUUUUUUAAGGACAUGGAAGGUUUCUUAAGGCAUGAGGUAGUAGAUAACAUUUAACAAUUUGUUGUAAUAGCAAUGUACAGAUUUUAAUAGUUGAACAAAAACAUUUAAAAUGUGUUUGUCUGUUUCCCAUGGUUUCAGCAGCAAUGGCUGAGAAAGUUUGAAUUUUCAGGUGAAAAAGCCAUUGGCAGCCUGCAGGUCAUAUUGCUUCUUUGUGUGAAUAAUUUUUAGUGGUGGCAUGCCCAUCUUUGUUUAGGUCAUUUAAGGACAAUGUUUGGACAUCUAGUGUUGUGAAUAUGACAGCACCUCAAUAAAGAGAUUUAAAGUA